GGGGCGUGGCGCACAAUCAGGAAGUCAAACUCCACCGCUGCUGCGCGACAAGCCGUCGUCAUGGCGUACCACGCUGGGUUUCCUAAUCCCAGCCCUUUGGUGAACGACAUCACCUCAAACAUCCAGAGACUCACCGUCCUCACCAAUGAGCUUCAGAGGGCGGUGUCUCUCGUUGGGACGGAGCAGGACGACAGUCAGCUCAGGAGCUCUAUGCAGCAGAAGCAGCAGCAGGGGAACUAUUUGGCCAAAGAAACAGACAAACAGAUCAAAGCCUUCGCUGCUCUGCCCCUGGGACCAGACCAGCGUCAGAGGAAACUUCAGAAAGAGCGUCUUUUGAACGACUUCUCUGCGGCUCUGAACAGUUUCCAGAAAACACAACGUCAGGCAGCGAGUAAAGAGCGAGAGUGCGUGGCCCGCGUCAGAGCGUCGUCCAGAGUGUCCACCGCCCACUCCGGGGGAGGCCACGACGAUGACUUCAGAAAUGUACCUGCUUUUUCAAGUGAGUUGCAGCUGCAAGCGGAGGUGGAGGCCAUAAGUGAAGAAGACCUGAGACUGAUCCAGGAGCGAGAGCAGGCCAUUAGACAACUGGAGUCGGACAUUGUCGACAUAAAUGACAUCUUCAAGGACCUGGGGGUGAUGGUGCAUGAGCAGGGAGAAAUGAUCGACAGUAUCGAGGCCAAUGUGGAGAGCACAGACCAGAACAUCCACAGAGGAAUGCAGCAGUUGGCCCGAGCGGCGGAGUAUCAGAGCAGCUCCCGGAAGAAGAUCUGCGUCUUGGUGACCAUCGCGGUGGUGGUCGCCGUGGCGAUUGGACUCAUCAUCUGGGGCUCAGUGUCCAAUGUGUUUUAGACGUGUUCACUCCCUCUAAGACGAUCCCUUUGGUUCUGGAGUGAGGCACAGUUCACUGGACUCUCCUCUGGACUCUGGACUCUCCUCUGGACUCUUCUCUGGACUCUUCUCUGGACUCUGGACCCUUCUCUGGACUCUUCUCUGGACUCUCCUCUGGACUCUCCUCUGGACUCUUCUCUGGACUCUUCUCUGGACUCUUCUCUGGACUCUUCUCUGGACUCUGGACUCUGGACUCUGGACCCUUCUCUGGACUCUCCUUUGGACUCUUCUCUGGACCCUUCUCUGGACCCUUCUCUGGACUCUUCUCUGGACUCUUCUCUGGACUCUGGACUCUGGACUCUCCUCUGGACUCUGGACUCUGGACUCUUCUCUGGACUCUGGACUCUGGACUCUUCUCUGGACUCUGGACCCUUCUCUGGACUCUGGACUCUUCGCUGGACUCUUCUCUGGACUCUUCUCUGGACUCUGGACUCUGGACUCUCCUCUGGACUCUGGACUCUCCUCUGGACUCUGGACUCUGGACUCUUCUCUGGACUCUGGACUCUUCUCUGGACUUUGGACUCUGGACUCUUCUCUGGACUUUGGACUCUGGACUCUUCUCUGGACUCUUCUCUGGACUCUGGACUCUGGACUCUUCUCUGGACUCUGGACUCUGGACUCUUCUCUGGACUCUGGACUCUGGACCCUUCUCUGGACUCUGGACUCUCCUCUGGACUCUUCUCUGGACUCUUCUCUGGACUCUCCUCUGGACUCUUCUCUGGACUCUUCUCUGGACUCUUCUCUGGACUCUGGACUCUGGACUCUUCUCUGGACUCUUCUCUGGACUCUCCUCUGGACUCUGGACUCUUCUCUGGACUCUGGACUCUUCUCUGGACUCUCCUCUGGACUCUUCUCUGGACUCUGGACUCUUCUCUGGACUCUCCUCUGGACUCUUCUCUGGACUCUUCUCUGGACUCUUCUCUGGACUUUGUCCCAAAAUGAAACUUGGCACAAGCCAAACUGAUGUCACUUAUGUUCAGAGUCACCAGCCGCCCACAUAAACACACUUCAACUUUUGGCUCCGCCCAAACAACAAUGCUGCUCUGUGAUUGGUCCAAUCCAUCUGCUGCUCUGUGAUUGGAUGAGCUCAAACGCAGACAUAGGAGAGAUGAAGAUGAAGAUGAAGAGCUCGUGUCACACAAACAGAACAGAUCUGAACAGGUCUGGAUCAGGAGAACAGUCAGGGUUUGGGUCGAGGUCAAGGUCGAGGUUGUGGUUGUGGUUGUGGUGGUUGUGGUGGUUGUGGUGGUUGUGGUGGUUGUGGUUGUGGUGGUUGUGGUUGUGGUUGUGGUUGUGGUGGUGGUUGCAGUCGAACAAUCAGGGUUAGCGUUAGCGUUAGCCUUAACCUCUGACCCAAACCGUCAGGGGAGCGUGAGGAUCUUCUCUUGUGAUUUCACUCGUGGUUUUAUAAAUACAUGUUCAUUAAGACCAUAGGUUUUUCGGCGCCAUCUUGUGGCUGUAGAAUCGUGUUUUCAUUGUUGUGACGUUUGAAUAAAUUCUGUGUGAUUUUUACAGGUCUAUGAAACUAUUAUUUUUAUUGCACUGUUACUGAAACAUUAAUCUAACUCUAAUCUUUAUAGUGUUUUUAAUCUUUAAAACGUUUAUAAUCUUUAUAAAUUCACUCUUAUUUAUCGUUUGCAUCACAUCGAGUUACUGUAAAUUAAAGAUUAUUGAAGUAGCAUUUUUCUAUUGAUGAAGUUCAACUUUAAACUUUACUGUAAAAGUUCAUGUUAAAACUAUUUAAAUAUGUUUCUGUCCUAAUGUUUCUUCAUCUCAAACCGGACCAGGUCCUGGUCCAGUCCUGGUCCAGUCCUGGUCCUGGUUCAGUCUUUUUUAAAGUUUUAAUGUAUGAAUAUAAAUAAAAAAAAUUAAUUUCC